AUUUUCAUUUGCAGCCCUACUAAUUUUUUUUCAGGAUAACCCUUCAAGCAAGGCUCAAGCUUCUCCUGGUGAUGACUCUUCCCAGGGUUACCUGUCCGAGGAUGGUGGUAACUGAGGGGCCAUUGCCAUCCCCAGUCAACCAUUUAGUAUUUUGAUUUUCUAAACAAUGGUUUCCAUUUGCUAAUCUACCAUUCAACGCAAUUGUGACUUUGCAUUCAUUCUUUGCAAAUCCCAAAAAUGUGUUAAUCCCAAAGCUUCCUUGUAGGUAUUAAUGUCAUGCUAUCUGUUCCUUUUGACCUGAACUAGUGCAAGCUGGUGGAAUCCCUGCUUCCUUUCUGGCCUAUGAAUUAAUUAUGGUCACAGAUAUUAACCUUGGGCUGCUGAGUCAUCCCUGCAAAAUGUCAUGGUGGGGCCACUCUCAGGUCUGUGAGGUGCCACGUUAACCAUGACACCGAGAAUUUUUUUGCCUUCUUAAAUUAAAAUGGAAAAAAAGAUAAAGAAAUAGGUGGAGAGUGCGCGGACAAUGGCUUAUGUGAGCUUUCUUCGAUGCUAUAAAGAAGACCAAGUUUCCACCUUUGGCUUUGGUUCCUCUCUCUCUCUCUCUCUCUCGCCAUUGUUGCCGCGUUGAGGCGCAGAGCUCGGGGAGUUUAUCCGCAACCGGCGACUUUACUUCCGGCGCCUCCUCUUCCGCUAUUAGGAGGCGCACACCAAAGAUGUCGCCUUUGGCCGUUUCGCUGGUCGCCUUUUUGGUCUUCGGCUCUCUGGUUUCCACCUCAGAAGCUUAUGAUCCCCUAGAUCCGAAUGGGAAUAUAAUGAUUAAAUGGGAUAUCAUACAGUGGACACCAGAUGGCUAUGUUGCUGUCGUAACAAUGUACAAUUACCAGCAAUAUCGUCACAUCCAAGCACCUGGCUGGAUCCUUGGAUGGACAUGGGCGAAAAAGGAGAUAAUUUGGUCUAUGAUAGGAGCUCAAGCAACUGAGCAGGGUGAUUGCUCUAAAUUUAAAGGAAACAUUCCACAUUGCUGCAAGAAGACUCCAACAGUCGUCGAUCUGCUUCCUGGUACUCCAUACAACUUGCAAAUUGCUAACUGCUGCAAGGGAGGUGUUAUUAGUUCAUGGGUUCAGGAUCCAGCCAAUGCUGCUAGUUCAUUCCAGAUCAGUGCUGGUCUAGCGGGCACAUCUACAAAGACUGUCCUUGCACCAAAAAACUUCACCCUGAGAGCUCCAGGCCCAGGAUAUACAUGUGGAGCAGCAAAGAAUGUGCCAUCGAGCACAUUUAUAACACCAGAUGGAAGAAGGAAAACUCAUGCCAUCAAGACAUGGAACAUUAGUUGUACAUACUCCCAGUUUCUUGCUCAGAAGACACCAGCAUGCUGUGUAUCACUUUCAUCUUUUUAUAACGAUACAAUUGUUAACUGCCCGACAUGCUCCUGCGGUUGCCAAAAUAACCUGACCCAGCCUGGUAGCUGCGUGGAACCGGACUCACCUUAUUUAGCUUCUGCAGUGGAUGAUCCUAGCAGAAGUAGCUAUGCACCAUUAGUCCAGUGUACAUCACAUAUGUGCCCAAUAAGAGUGCAUUGGCACGUGAAACUUAACUACAAAGACUAUUGGCGUGUUAAGAUCGCAAUAACAAAUUUCAAUUACCGCAUGAACUACACACAGUGGAACCUUGCUAUACAGCAUCCAAACUUCAACAACCUUGCUCAGCUUUUCAGUUUCAAUUACAAGUCCAUUGCACCAUAUGGAGACACAAAUGACACUGCAAUGCUCUGGGGUAUGAAGUACUACAAUGACUUGCUUAUGGAAGCAGGACCCUAUGGAAAUGUACAGUCAGAGAUUCUAUUCCAAAAGGAUCCAAGCUUCACUUUUGAGAAAGGAUGGGCCUUUCCUAGGCGUAUAUACUUCAACGGCGACAACUGCGUCAUGCCUCCUCCGGAUGCAUACCCAUGGCUGCCAAAUAGUAGCCCAAGGUCAAGAUUCCCCUCAGCUGUUCCCGUUCUACUUCUUUGGGCAGCUUUGACAUUGUUGUCGAUUCAUGUCUAAGGGAUCCUUGGGGUGUUUGUGAAUUUUCAAGCUGUUCAUACUUUCGAUAUAAAACUAGCCAAAACUACGAACCACUCGGUAUCAGUUUUGUUGGUUCUAGACAUGAAGAGAGGUCAGCAACCACUCCAAAGUUCAUCGAGACGAAUAAGCACGCGGAUUCGUUCUCCGAAAGGGCAAAUUUUAAGGGAGGAAAUGAAAUUUUCCUCGAAUGAUUGGCAUCUGAGAAGCCCACGUAAGAAAAGCCCAAAGGCCCAGGUCCUGUCGCGUUUACAUAGAAUUAACUUGAGCUUAAGUUUUUGCGGUCGAACACUAGUCGGCGCGUCGCCAUGGCACUCUCCGCGCGCCACCUUAUCCGAUGCCCUACGCCGCCGGCGAUUUCUCUCGUAAGCUUCAGCCGCCUUCCGCCCCUCUCCUCACCGCCGACUGCGGUUCCUCUUACUUGCCUCUCUCUUGAGUUCCUCUCUCUUGCUUGACUUCCCUCGCAGAGAACGGAGCGGGCUCCUCUUGUUUGCUCGAUCCGCUGCGUCGCCUCGAGAUCUCAGGACUCUGGAGAAGGAGGGAAUCGAAGGCGGGUUUGGCGGCGCCGGCGAUUGACGAAGAAUGACGACAAGUUGCAGUAUCAGACGGAUCGUGUCCCCUUUCUCGAAGAACAAGUGAGGAAGAUAAGAGCAAAUGGGAAGAUAAUAUCUAUGGACAUUGAGAAGCUUUUGCUUAGAGAAGACAAUAAGUUCGAUUUUGUGAACGAGGUGGCUGCAGAGGCAACAUCUUACAUUGAGGCGAACAGAGAUGAGUAUGGAUUCAAGAAACCGAUAUUGCAUGCGCUCAGUAACCGCAUGAAGGAAGCAGGAUUCGACCGCCCAGAAGCCUACAUGGAAACCGACCCCUACAAGCCUGACCCCUCGUAUUUGAGAGACUUGGAAAUUUAGUAUGUGGUCGUUGCCGGCGUCCUGUUUGUCGAUGUAGCAUGUAUUGUUUCCAUUUAGAUGCUUGAAUAUUUAGCUCGACUGUUGUUCGAUGUAGGCAUUUCAUAACUCGAUUGUUUUUGCAAGGCUUUGUAGUCAAUAAUUAGUUCAUGUAUGAGUUUUACAGUUCCCUCAAA